GCCAGUUUACCUGCUCAGUAGUGUACAGGGGCAGCAGAGUAGUAGUCUCAGCUGUGCUUUAGUUUCAGACUUUUAGUACAAACCCGAAGGAUGGACAGCCGUAGCAGAGCCCCUUUCUCGUGCCUAGGUGGAGGAUAACGCCCCAAACUUUGUUGUAACUGCUCCGCCGGUACCGUCAUGGCUCGGACCGGCUCCGGAACCCUCCUCUCCCGUCGGAACAUCAAGCUGGAUUCAUUCCUGAAGCGGAACACGGAGCGGGCUGUGUACGAGAGGAUACGAGCUUAUGAACCGUGUGUGGUGAUUUCAGAGACCAUCAACAAGGUGUACAUGCACGUGGUGCUGAGUGAUGAGUGCGUGUACCUGACGGAGUACCCCCCACGCACGCUCACAACAGCCUUCAGCUACAGGCGCGUGCGGGACAUCGAACUGGUGAAUGACCUUCCAGAUUUCCUCAGUGGUAAAGACAGAGAGCAAUGCCAGCACAUUCGUAUCACCUACCUCACUGAAAAGCCUGCUGCAAAGGGUCGUGAUUGGCUGGGGAGAGACAAGAGGGAGGGUCUUUUUCCUGCAGUCCCGCCUUCCCGCAGAAAUAGCCACUGCCCGACAAUAACACACACCUUAGAAGGAUAUCCUGCUCACAGUAACCAAAGUGAAGACGGAAUAGAAGAGGUCCACAUGUUACCACCCACACGCUCUGCCUCCUGGCCAAACCCAGAGUCCCUGGGUUUCCUGAAAGUCCCACAUCCUCCCCCUCAUCCUCCCUCAAAAACCCCCUCUAUUUAUUCCCUCUCCAGCUCUCCCUCUUUAUCUCUGUCACCCUCGGAUCAAAGACUGAACAUCAUGGAGAGUGGACAGGUACCAAGAAGGAUUGGGUCAGUCUUGUCUCGCCUGCUGAGGAGGGAUGGAGUGAAUAACAAAGAGGAGAGAGAGGCUGAGCUGCACCUUUAUGCCGUGUCGCAAACGUCCAGACUUUAUCUGCAUCUACAGAGUUCAUGGAACAGCUUCAUUAUUAGGUCCACUAUGUUGUUAGACCCACUCCACAGGCGACGGUGCAGCAUUUCAUCUGACUCGUCUUCUGAUAGACGACCUCCUUCUAUCAGCCUGGAGCGGACAGCUCACCUGUUCGGUCAGCUGAGUGCUGAGCUCCUGCAGGAGGAGAUCAGUGUGGAGAGUCUCUACCUGCUGCUGCAGGAGCUGAGAACGGCCGCUCACCGUAAUGUCACUCUGCGCAGACUCUUCUGGAGGUCUAGUGAGGUGUGCGUGUUCCUUGUUCAAACUCUGGAGGAAUCUCUACACGGCUGUCAGAGCCUCAGCGGAGUCUACACGGCAGAUCAACUACUGCUGAGCACUCUGAUCGUGCAGACUCUGGCCGUCAUGUUCAGAGAGACGGAGGUUGAACCAGCCCGACACAUCCUGCUCUCUGCCAAAAAAGGUGCCCUUGCCUCCAGGAUGUUGCUUGCCUUGAUUUGUGACCCUGAGCUGCAAACAGAAACCCAGGGAUCUCUGGCAGAUUGUGAGCUUCAGGCCUUACUAGCUGAUUACCUGGAUGCCGCCUGCUCUCUGUUCUUUGAAAUGUUGCUUUUAGGUCAAGAGGCAAGCAGAUGCUCGCCUGCUGGCAACUUCCUGUCUGUUGGUUGGAUCCUCAGGGUGAUGCAGCCUCAUCCUCACCUGUUGGACUUCAUCAGCUACCAGGCUCAGCAUGUAGUGCUGGUCCUGUCGGACAUACAGGAGCCCUUUCUGAGUCCUGCUCAGGCCGUUCUUCUGUACCAGCGCUGUCGCCUCCUGCUGGCCUGCUUGCAGCACAACAACCAGCUGGCACAACAUCUGCGAUCACACUUUAGAGAGGAGUUCAGGUACUCGGUGAAGAUUUCAUGUGCAGAGGAGAAGCUUCCGCCUCACUACCUGAUCAGUCAACCAACCCUACACCUGGUCAAGCAGAUCCUGACUCUGCACAAAUCAUCACACAUGAAUACUUGUGCACUUACAUCUGAAAAAGGACUGUGACAGUGUGUGCCUUGACUGAAACGAAGGAUACUGUGCUGUGAAUGAACUACUACUGAUAGAGGCUCAGCUGUCUUCUGCUGUGUAUAUUUAGUUCUUAAAUUACAUUGUAGUGCAGAAACAAUACAAGGGAGGACAGAAAGUAAAACACAAAUCUCAGGUAUCGUAGUGGUUUGCUUUGUCAGUUAGGUGUCUAAUUUAUUUUGAAAAUAAAGAAAGGAACUCUGCAUUGAACUCA